AUGGCGACAGUGAGGCCUGUAGCAAACGUGUACAGCACGAAGAACAAGCAGGUGGUUGGAGAAGUGGAAAUCCCGGUGGUCUUCCAAACUCCCAUAAGGAAUGAUCUUAUACAAGAGGUUUUUAAAAAUGUAUCGAAGAACAGAAGACACCCAUACGCAGUGAAGUAUGAGGCCGGGUAUGAAACAUCAGCUGAAUCAUGGGGAACAGGAAGAGCAGUGGCAAGAAUCCCAAGGGUACCAGGAGGAGGAACCCAUAGAGCAGGACAAGGAGCCUUUGGAAAUAUGUGUAGAGGUGGAGGAAUGUUUAACCCAACAAAGAUAUGGAGAAGAUGGGGGAGGAAAGUAAACCUCAAGGAAAAGCGUUAUGCAGUUUGUUCAUCCAUUGCAGCUAGUGGUGUGACAUCAUUAGUACUAGCUAGAGGACACCGAAUUUCUAACAUAAAGGAAGUGCCACUGGUAGUUAGCAAUGACAUGGAAUCAAUUAGCAAAACGAAAGAUGCCUUAAAAUUCUUAAUAACUUUAGGAUUGAAAGAUGAGGUAAACAGAUUAAUUAAAUCCAAGAAAGUUAGAGCUGGAAAAGGAAAAAUGAGAAACAGGAAAUAUCGAAUGAGGAACGGUCCUCUCAUAAUAUACAACAAAGAUUCAGGUGUGAAAAAAGCAUUUAGGAAUAUCCCUGGAGUUGAUUUAUGUAAGGUUACGAAACUGAACCUACUUAAGUUAGCACCAGGUGGGUCCAUUGGAAGACUGUGCAUUUGGAGUGAGAGUGCAUUCAAAAAAUUGGACAUUAUGUAUGGAAAGAUUUACAAGAAAGAAGUUACGAAAAAAAAUUAUAUCCUACCAAAGUCCAUUAUGGGAAAUUCUGAUAUCUACAGAAUCAUUAACAGCGAACAGGUUCAGGCAACUCUGCUAGCUAGAAAGAGACCCUGCAAGAAGAGAGUACAGAACAAAAACGCUCUCACGAACUUUGCUGUGAGAUGUAGACUGAACCCAGCGUACAAACUACUUAGAUCCCUUGCCAUCAGGAAAAUGAAGAAGAGCCUUGAGGCGAAGAAGAACAAGAAAAAGGAACUCAGGGUUAACAAGAAAAUCCAGAAGAAGGACCUACAGAAAGUUAACCACGCCUACUACACGAGCAUUGCCAAUUCGUUGAAACGCAAGAAGAAGAAGGAGGAGAAGAAGGCUAAGUCGAAGAAAGACGCCGACAAAGCUCUCCUCCCCACCGCAGGGGAUGAGUAA